CUCAGCCAUCAUGGCUCCCAGUCUUUGCUGGAGGAUGGUUGCUGGUGUCUAUGGGAGUGGAUUCUUUAGUAGCUUUGUUCAAACAGUUGCUUGUUUUAAUCUCUACUAUUGUGGGCCAAAUGUCAUUCGUCAUUUUUUCUGUGACAUUCCUCAGAUCAUUCCCUUGUCUUGCUCUGAUCCCUUCAUCAACCAGCUGGUUCUUUUCCUGGAAGCUGUUAUUGUUGGAUUUGGCUCUUUCCUUAUUAUUCUCUUAUCCUAUGUAUUCAUUGCAGUUUCUAUCCUGAAAGUGGCCUCAUUCAAAGGCUGUGUCAAGGCAUUCAAGACAUGUGGAACCCACCUGGCAGCAGUAACUCUCUUCUAUGGCACAGUCUUCUCUGUGUACAUGCACCACAGCUCUCAGCACUCCACAAAGCAAGACAAGAUGCUGUCUGUGGUCUAUACCAUCCUCAUCCCCAUGGUAAACCCUCUGAUCUAUAGCCUGAGGAACACUGAGAUCAAGGAGGCCCUCAAGAGAGUGCUGAAGAAGGCAGCACAUUUACCUCAGAAAGCAUAGCAUCUGUGCAGGUGCCAUCCUUAAUAGGAAUUCAGGAGUGAAAACAUUGAGGAGUCCUUCUCUAGACCUUUCA